AUGGAGCCCAAGCUUCUGCUUUCUGCUCACAAACCCUUGUUUGUCUCUUGCAAUUCUCCGUUCAAUGAAAAACCGCACCUUUCUGUCAAAUCCCGUUUGCCCAUGUCCACGAUUCGAGCUGCGAGGUCUCAGUUUAUGGGGGAAGGUUUGAUUUUGGGGAACAAAUAUGGGUUUUGGAGCGCUUCGAGGAAAACCCGUGUUGUCGUCGAGCCCGUGAGAGCUGCUGUGAAGAGAAGGAAAGAGCUUCCUUUCGAUAACGUUGUGCAAAGGGACAAGAAACUGAAAUUGGUGUUGAAUAUUAGGAAGAUUCUCGUGAGCCAACCCGAUAGGAUGAUGUCUCUUAGGGGUUUGGGUAAGUACAGGAGAGAUCUGGGUUUGAAGAAACGUCGUCGGUUUAUAGCUCUGCUUAGGAAAUAUCCUGGUGUGUUUGAGAUUGUUGAAGAAGGCGCUUACUCAUUGAGGUUCAAGAUGACAUCAGAGGCUGAAAGGCUCUACCUUGAGGAAAUGAAGAUUAAGAAUGAGCUUGAAGACGUAUUAGUUGUCAAGCUGAGGAAACUGGUGAUGAUGUCGAUCGAUAAGCGGAUUCUGUUGGAGAAGAUUUCUCAUUUGAGGACUGAUUUAGGGCUUCCUUUGGAGUUCCGAGACACGAUUUGUCAGCGUUACCCUCAGUAUUUCCGUGUGGUUCCUACGCCUAGAGGUCCGGCUUUAGAGCUGACUCACUGGGAUCCUGAGCUUGCAGUGUCAGCUGCUGAGUUAUCCGAGGAUGACAAUAAGGUUAGAGAAUCAGAGGAGAGGAAUUUGAUUAUCGAUAGGCCACCUAAGUUCAAUAGGGUUAAGCUUCCGAGGGGUCUCAAUCUUUCAAAGAGUGAGACGAGGAAGAUAAGUCAGUUCCGUGACAUGCCGUAUGUAUCUCCUUACAAGGAUUUCUCCCACUUGAGGUCGGGAACACUCGAGAAAGAAAAACAUGCUUGUGGGGUUAUUCAUGAGCUUUUGAGCUUGACGACUGAGAAGAGAACGUUGGUGGAUCACUUGACUCAUUUCCGUGAGGAGUUUAGAUUCUCGCAGCAACUAAGAGGAAUGCUCAUAAGACACCCUGAUCUGUUCUACGUGUCUUUAAAAGGGGAAAGGGAUUCGGUUUUCUUGAGAGAAGCUUACAGGAACUCUGAGUUGAUUGAUAAAGAUCCUUUAACUCUUGUGAAAGAGAAGAUGCGCGCGCUUGUCUCUGUACAGAGAUUCCCAAGGAGGGGAGGACCAAAGAGAGACGGAGAAGGAGGAGAAGAACAGAUUGAUGGAAGCGAUGAUGCAGAGGGUGAGGAGGAGGAGGAAAGUGAUGAUGAAGAAUGGUCUGAUGUUGAUGGUUACUUGGAAGGUGAAGAUGGUGGCGAUGAUGAUGAAGGUGAUUGGACUGGUGAUGAAGGAGACGAAGAAGAUGUGCCUCCUAACUUUGAUGAUGAUGAAGAUGAAGAAGGAGAAGAUAGCGUGAAGAUUGGAUUGAGUCCUUCAGGUAGAAAAUCAAGUAGCCCUAGAAAGAAGGAAGAGAAAGUACUUGCUCCUGUGUUCCCUGAUGGUACUCCAAGAGAAAAAUGCUCCCUGUUUCUUUAUCAGUCACAGCGAAGAAAUCGUAUUAAUCAAUCUUUGGCCUGUUCUUCUCUGGACAUCAAGCAUGCGUCGUCUGAGUCUAUACCAAUCUCAGUUUCUCAGGAACAGUCGUCUUCAAGUUGGGAUCAUUUAUCCCGUGGGAGUUUUCAUCCGUUAAAGGAGCUAAAUGGAUGUAAAAAUCUGGUUUCUGUUAAAGCUACUCAUGCUCGGAUUAUGAAGCUGUUCGAUAAAUUCGAAUUGGAGUUCGUCGCCAGGUGCUUGAUCUCUCGUUACCUUGAAUUUGGAGAAUUUGGGUAUGCUAGUGCUGUUUUCUUCCUGGGUUUCCCUCAGAAUCAAGUUUCAUGGAGGGAUUUCUUGGAAGAGAUCGAGAAUUUCGGAUUAGAGAAGCAUAGGGUCUUAGAGGAUUUUGUUCAGCUACAGAACAGAGGAGUAAAUUUCGAUGGAGUAGUUCUCGCUAUGGUUUUGAGAAUUUGUACUGUUCUCAAGAAUUCGUUUUUGGGUUUCACAAUCCACGGCGGUUUGAUCAAGAGAGGGCUCGACGAUUCAGAUACACGCGUGGUUUCUGCAUUGAUGAGUUUCUAUGGAAGAUGUGUGAGUUCGGAUAUGGCCAACAAGAUAUUCGAUGAAAUGCCUAAGAGAGAUGAUCUCGCAUGGAACGAGAUCACGAUGGUGAAUUUGCGCAGUGGGAAGUGGGAACAGGCUGUGAAGCUGUUCAGAGAGAUGCAGUUUUCUGCUGCAAAGGCUUAUGAUGGAACAAUGGUUAAGCUUUUGCAAGUUUGUAGCAACAAAGAAGGUUUAGCAGAAGGGAGACAGAUUCAUGGCCAUGUUCUGAGACUUGGGUUUGAGACAAACGUCUCGGUUUGUAACUCCUUGAUUGUCAUGUACUCAAGGAAUGGCAAGCUUGAAUCAUCCAGGAAAGUUUUCGAUUCGAUGAAAGAUCGGAAUUUAUCUUCGUGGAACUCGAUUGUAUCGAGUUAUACUGCAUUUGGUUAUGUAGAUGAUGCUAUGGGUUUACUUGACAAAAUGGAGAGAUGUGGUUUGAAACCAGAUAUAGUGACAUGGAACUCUCUUUUGUCAGGUCACGCAUUUAAAGGCUUAUACAAAGGUGCCAUUGCAAUAUUGAAGAGAAUGGGAAAUACUGGCCUGAAGCCAAACAGUAGCUCCAUAAUUAGUCUUCUUCAAGCUGUUUCUGAACCGAUGCUUCUUAAUCUUGGAAAGGCGAUUCACGGAUAUGUCAUAAGAAAUCAGCUUUGGUACGAUUUGUAUGUAGAAACCACAUUGAUCGACAUGUAUGUGAAAACUGGCUGCUUGCCUUACGCCCGGGUGGUUUUUAAUAUGAUGAAUGAGAAGAACAUUGUUGCUUAUAACGCGCUCAUAUCGGGAUUUUUGUAUGCGGGUCUGCUAAAAGAUGCUGAAGCUUGGAUGAGUAAAAUGGAGAAGGAAGGGAUCAAACCUGAUGUUGUUACAUGGAACAGUCUGGUUUCUGGGUAUGCGACUUGGGGGAAAACUGAGAAAGCGUUGGCUGUGAUGGAGAAGAUGAAAAAGAACGGAGUGGAGCCUAAUGUGGUUUCGUGGACUGCCAUGUUAACGGGAUGUUCCAAAAAUGGAAACUUCAGAUAUUAG